AUGGCCGAGGGCGAGAACAAUGGCGAGCCGGCUCGGCACGAGGAAGUCCAAGGCCUGCUGGCCGACGGCGACCUCGACGGCCCCCAAGAGGAUGUCGUCGUCUACGGGGCCGACGAGGAAGGCAAGCAAGAGCACGACACCCGCGGCCACGGCCACGGCGACACAUCACCAUCGCCCCCGCGAGCAAAGACACCACGGGCGUCGAGCCGAGUGCAAUUUGACCUGAACCCCGCCGUGAUUGGAGUGUCCAACGGAUCGGCUCACGGGGGGGCGAGGCCCUCGGAGGAGAGCUUCGAGUUUGACGACGAUGUGGAGAUGCACGGCCACCACGCGCACAGGGUGCCUCUGCUGACCGGCAUGGAGGCACCCAGCGUCGCCGUUGCGAACACGCUUGGGGAUGGCGCAGACGGCGACGGCCAACGACUGGAGCAGGCGAUGCGAAGGCCCAAAUCGGGACUCAAGUCGGCCUUUAUGAACAUGGCCAACUCCAUCAUUGGGGCUGGCAUCAUCGGCCAGCCAUAUGCUCUGAGACAGGCAGGUCUCCUGGCCGGCAUACUGUUGCUCGUUGGGCUGACCGUGGUGGUGGAUUGGACCAUUUGCCUCAUCGUCAUCAACAGCAAGCUGAGCGGGACGAGCAGCUUCCAGGGCACCGUGGAGCAUUGCUUCGGCCGCCCCGGCCUCGUGGCCAUCAGCCUGGCCCAGUGGGUGUUUGCCUUUGGCGGCAUGGUGGCGUUUGGGGUCAUCGUGGGAGACACGAUCCCCCACGUGCUGGCUGCCAUCUGGCCCGAUCUGGGCGCGGUACCAGUGCUCGGGCUCUUGACGGACAGGAGAGUCGCCAUAGCCGUCUUUGUCAUGGGCGUGAGCUAUCCGCUGACGCUGUACCGCGACAUUGCGAAACUGGCCAAGGCGAGCACCUUUGCCUUGAUCGGCAUGCUGGUCAUCGUGGCGACGGUGGUGAUUCAGGGAUUUUUCGUGCCGUCCGAGGCCAGGGGGUCGUUUGGCACGCCGCUCCUGACCGUGAACGGGGGCAUCUUCCAGGCCAUCGGCGUGAUUUCGUUUGCCUUCGUGUGUCACCACAACUCGUUGUUGAUCUACGGCUCUCUCAAGACGCCGACGAUUGACAACUUUUCCCGCGUCACGCACUACUCGACGGGCAUAUCCAUGAUGGCGUGUCUCCUCAUGGCACUGGCAGGGUUCCUCACGUUUGGGGACAAGACGCUCGGCAACGUCCUCAACAACUUCCCCCCGGACAACAGCAUGGUCAACGUCGCCCGCCUCUGCUUCGGGCUCAACAUGUUGACCACCUUUCCGCUCGAGGCGUUUGUCUGCAGAGAGGUGAUGCUGACGUACUGGUACCCCGACGAAGACUUCAACAUCCGGAGGCACGUCAUGUUCAGCACCGGACUGGUGGCGCUGGCCACGGGCAUCAGCUUGCUGACGUGCGACCUGGGCGUCGUGUUUGAGCUCGUCGGGGCAACGAGCGCCGUUGCCAUGGCGUACAUACUGCCGCCCAUGUGCUACGUCAAGCUCACGACCAAGAGCUGGCGCACGUACGUGGCAUGCGUGGUCGUGGCGUUUGGCGUGGCCGUCAUGGUGAUCAGCGUGGUCCAGGCAGUCGACAAGAUGAUUCACGGGUCCGACGAGGCGACUCGGUGUGUAUGA